AGUUUACCGAAGGAGUCAACGAUAUAUACAUAUGUACUUUCGUCAACUUAUUGUUUUAUUUAUUAUCAUAAAAUAAAACAUAAAGUCAUUGAAAUAAAGUGUUUAAUCUGAUAUCACAAAACGCUUUUAGUCUGACACAAUGUGUGAUAGUGACGAUCCUGGGGAACACAGUCGCUCGGGUUUGGACCUGACUGGAUUUUUGUUUGGAAAUAUUGAUGAAAGCGGACAACUUGAAGACGAUGGCCUCCUCGACGGAGAUUCUAAACGCAUGCUAUCAUCGCUUAAUCGGCUGGGGCUUGGAUCUAUGAUAUCAGAGGUUCUUGAGCAAGAAGAGCUAGCCAAAGAAGAUGAGGAGAAAGAUUAUACUGAGAAAAGUCCAUCAGCUGUUGAUUUUUUUGAUAUUGAUGAUGUCGCAGAGGAUUUGAAGCCUGAUGUGACAGACCCGAAUGAACACUGGAUAAGCAAGGAUAACGAUGAUAUGUAUGAACAAUUGGAGCAACAGCCUACAAAUGAUGAAGGCUAUGAGGGAGACAUGGAAGGUGACGGGGGCCUCAUGCCACCUCCUUCCGUUAUUCCCAAGCCUCAAAGGUCUGAGAGGCCUAAGAAAUUGGAAACUCCAUUGGCUGCUAUGUUGCCCUCCAAAUAUGAAAAUGUGGAUGUCACAGAACUAUUCCCAGAUUUCAGACCUGAUAAGGUGUUGCUAUUCUCUCGUCUGUUUGGGCCUGGAAAGUUAUCAAGUCUGCCGCAGAUAUGGCGUGGCGUUAAGAAGCGUAGGCGACGUAAGCGCAGCGGCAGUACAGGCAGUGACACCCCACCGCAGAUUCCUGAUGCGCAAGAGUUGCAAUAUGCGAGUGAUGACGAAGAAAAACUUCUUAAACCUAUGGAAGAGAAUCAGCAAUCGACCACGGAAAAUAAUCAAUCGUCAACUGGUGAAAAAUCUCAAAAACCGACACCUGCGCAUUGGCGUUUCGGCCCCGCUCAAGUUUGGUACGAUAUGCUCAACGUACCGGAGUCUGGCGAAGGUUUCGACUAUGGGUUUAAGACCAAGGCACCAUUACAAGAUCAAGAAGAGAAACCAAAAGAGCCAGAAGCGGUAACUGAUAUAGAUGCAUCUGAUAGUCCUGAUAGUGGAUUCCCUGACGACUCAUUUCUUAUGGUGUCACAGUUACAGUGGGAAGAUGACGUCAUUUGGGAUGGCAAUGAAAUCAAGCAUAAGGUCUUAGCAAGACUGAAUAGUAAGAGCAAUGCUGCGGGUUGGGUACCAACUUCAGUUAGUCGCACCGCUCAGCAAUUUUCACACCCGAGGCCUCAAGCGCCAUCCCCUUUGCAGACUAAACCAACCAUUUCCACGGCAUCAACUUCAAAUACACAAUCAGGACUCGCAGCCGGUGAAGGAGAAGACAACACGUGGUAUAGUAUAUUCCCUGUCGAAAAUGAAGAACUGGUGUAUGGUAUGUGGGAGGAUGAAGUCAUAUGGGACGCAGAGAACAUGCCCAAGAUACCAAAACCAAAGAUAUUGACGUUGGAUCCCAAUGAUGAGAAUAUUAUAUUGGGUAUUCCAGAUGAUGUAGACCCCUCGAAGAUAACAAGAGAACGUGGACCCGCUCCAAAAGUGAAAAUUCCACAUCCUCACGUGAAAAAAUCGAAGAUAUUACUGGGCAAGGCUGGUGUCAUCAACGUGUUGCAAGAGGAUGCUCCGCCUCCGCCACCUAAAUCACCUGACAGGGAUCCGUUCAACAUUUCUAAUGACGUUCACUAUCAACCCAAGUCUCAGAAUCCACGUUUGAAAGUAGGCGGCGGCCAAUUGAUUCAACACAGUACGCCUGUAGUAGAAUUACGAGCACCAUUCAUACAAACUCAUAUGGGACCGGCUAGGCUACGUGCCUUCCAUCGUCCUGCUAUGAGGAAGUUAUCAUAUGGACCGUUAGCUGCGCCUGGACCACAUCCAGUUCAACCUCUAUUGAAGCAUAUAAAAAAGAAAGCUAAGCAACGGGAGGCAGAACGUCUCGCGUCUGGUGGUGGUGACGUAUUCUUUAUGCGCACUCCCGAAGAUCUCAGUGGGCGGGACGGUGAACUGGUACUGGUGGAAUUUUGCGAAGAACACCCACCUCUUAUAAGUCAAGUUGGGAUGUGUACUAAAAUCAAGAAUUAUUACAAACGAACAGCGAUAAAGGAUAGCGGCCCGAAACCAUUAAAGUAUGGCGAAACAGCGUACGCGCACACUUCUCCUUUCCUUGGUAUUUUAGCCCCGGGAGCUACUCAGCCUGUUGUGGAAAAUAACAUGUAUCGGGCACCUAUAUACGAACACACUAUGCCACAGACCGACUUUCUCGUCAUUAGGACAAGGCAAGCAUAUUAUAUUCGCGAAAUCGAUGCUGUAUAUGUGGCUGGACAAGAGUGUCCUCUGUAUGAGGUACCAGGUCCCAACUCUAAGAGGGCGAAUAAUUUCGUCAGAGAUUUCUUACAGGUCUAUAUUUAUCGAUUGUUCUGGAAAUCUACACACAAUCCGCGGCGUAUCAAGAUGGACGACAUAAAAAGGGCAUUCCCGUCACACUCUGAGAGUUCUAUACGGAAAAGACUUAAAUUGUGUGCUGAUUUCAAACGGACGGGGCUGGAUUCGAAUUGGUGGGUGAUAAAGCCAGAGUUUCGCUUGCCGUCCGAAGAGGAGAUUCGAGCUAUGGUGUCACCGGAGCAGUGUUGUGCUUACUUCAGUAUGGCGGCCGCUGAACAACGGCUCAAAGAUGCCGGUUACGGAGAGAAAUUCAUAUUCACGCCCCAAGAAGAUGACGAUGAAGAAAUGCAACUGAAGAUGGACGAUGAAGUUAAAGUUGCUCCAUGGAAUACAACCCGAGCUUAUAUUCAAGCUAUGCGUGGGAAAUGCCUCCUUCAACUUACCGGUCCGGCAGAUCCAACCGGAUGCGGCGAAGGGUUCUCAUACGUUCGGGUCCCUAAUAAACCUACUCAGCAACCGAAUGAGGAACAACAACCGAAACGAACGGUCACAGGUACUGAUGCUGACUUGAGGAGGCUCAGUUUGAAUAAUGCUAAAGCCUUGUUGAGGAAAUUCGGAGUGCCAGAAGAAGAGAUCAAAAAACUAUCUCGCUGGGAAGUUAUUGAUGUGGUGAGAACGUUGUCCACCGAAAAAGCGAAGGCAGGUGAGGAAGGCAUGACGAAAUUCUCAAGAGGAAACAGAUUUUCUAUUGCCGAACACCAAGAAAGGUAUAAAGAAGAAUGCCAGCGUAUAUUUGAACUACAGAAUCGAGUUUUACAAAGCACUGAAGUAUUGAGUACUGAUGAAGCUGAAAGCUCAGUCAGUGAAGAGUCUGAUUUGGAGGAGAUGGGCAAGAAUAUAGAGAAUAUGCUCGCUAAUAAGAAAACUACAGAACAGUUGUCAAUGGAGCGAGAAGAAGCUGAAAGGGCAGAAUUGAGAAAAAUGAUACUGGGUCAAUCCGAGAAGAAACCACAGAUUAAUCAAAACGACCAAAACCAGGCUUCGAAUCAGGCUGGCCGCGUUCUUAAAAUAGUUCGUACGUUCCGCAAUGCCUCCGGUCAACGGUACACACGCGUUGAACUCGUGCGAAAAGCGGCUGUUAUAGAGGCUUAUACAAAGAUCAGAUCGACAAAGGACGAAAAUUUCAUUAGACAAUUUGCUACAAUGGAUGAGACACAGAAGGAAGAGAUGAAGAGAGAGAAAAGGAGAAUACAGGAACAAUUGCGUCGUAUCAAGAGAAACCAGGAGAGAGAAAGACUCGCAGGAAAUGUAUCUGGGCUUCCUUCGUUCCCAGGCGACAGUAUGAAUAUGUCUUCGUUAAAUGAUUUGGGUUCACCAUCACCUGGACUCAUACCCCUUGGUCAGAUCAAACAAGAACCUGACCUUCACACGCCGUCUCGUCGCCGGGCCAAGUUGAAACCUGAUCUCAAAUUGAAGUGCGGUGCUUGUGGUAAUGUAGGCCAUAUGCGUACCAAUAAGGCUUGUCCUCUAUACACUGGUGCUAUGGGCGGUGGACCUCCAUCGCCUCAAGAGCUCGACGUAGAAGUACCACCAGAAGCUGAUGAAGACGACCUCGGUGGAUACGUAGAUGGAACUAAAUUGACCCUACCUUCUAAAUUUAUUAAGCAAUCAGCCGAAGAUCUGAAACGUCGCGGUAGACGUGGUGAAUUCAGGGCCGCUGGCCGUAACAAGAGGCGCGGCACCGCUUCCGAAUCCUGCGAUUAUUUAGUGAAGCGACCAGCGGAGAGACGACGGACCGAUCCGCUGGUUACAUUGUCCUCCCUUUUGGAAGACGUACUCAAUCAUAUGAGGCAUCUGCCUGAUGUGCAACCGUUCCUGUUCCCCGUCAAUCCUAAGAUGGUAGCAGAUUACUACCGCAUCGUUUCAAGGCCGAUGGACUUGCAAACAAUACGGGAGAAUCUGCGGCAGAAACAUUACCAAAGCAGAGAAGAUUUCCUAGCGGACGUCAAUCAGAUAGUGGAAAAUUCAACGCUGUACAAUGGCCAAACAAGCAGUCUGACAGUGGCAGCGCAAAGGAUGUUGCAGAGGUGUGUCGAGAAACUCGCCGAAAAAGAAGAGCAAAUCAUAAAACUCGAGAAACAAAUCAACCCGCUGCUUGACGACAAUGACCAGGUGGCGCUCUCUUAUUUAUUAGAUAACUUGUUGACUACGAAGCUGAAGGUGAUGCCAGAAGCGUGGCCAUUCCUGAAGCCAGUUAAUAAGAAACAAGUGAAAGAUUAUUACAGUGUCAUCAAAAAACCUAUAGACAUGGAGACUAUGAAUAAAAAAAUAUUAGCUCAUAAAUAUCAUAGUCGCGAUGAAUUCUUACGAGAUAUUCAGCUACUGGUAGACAACUGUCGAGCUUAUAACGGUAUCAACUCUCAAUUCACGAGACAAGCUGAAGCUAUUCUGAAGGUCACCCAGGACGCACUUGAACAGUUCGGCGAGAAUGUAGGUCAAUUGGAAGCGAAUAUUGCACGCGUGCAACAGAAGAUGCUGGAAGACGCUGAGCAUUCAGACUUGGAAGUUGAUGAGCCGAUCCCUACGACUUCUGAUGAAAAACGAGGCCGUGGGAGGCCGAGGAAACAUAAAGCAUCCACCUCUGCGACUUCUGCUGAUGGUGCUACGCCGCGAAAACGCGGAAGGCCAAGAAAGGACCAGAACAGUUUGGAAGAAGAUCUGCAAUAUUCAGAUAGCGGCAGUUCUGAAUUAGAAGAAGUGGAACAAAAGGACGCCGUGGAAGGCUUGGUACAACUAUCUGUUAAGCCAGAUGACGACAUAAUGCCAAUGGGUGAAACAAGUUUCGACACAUCGGAGUUCUUGAUAAAAAGGGAAGUGCCUGACGAACCGCCGCCGCCAUCGGACGAUCUCGUAGAUCUAGAUCAGCAUACUACAGACUAUACGUAUCCAACUGUCGUAAAGGAGGAACCUUUAGAGCCAGAUAUGCACAUGGGCCCGUCGAUGAUGGAGGGUACUUCUUUAGAACCACCGCAGUUCAAGGAAGAACCUCCAGAGAACUGGCAGCCGGAUCCCGCAAUACAAGACGAUUUGCAAGUUACGGAUAGCGAGGAAGAAGCAGAAGACGGUCUAUGGUUCUAA